GCGGGCGGGGGGGACGGUCCCGCCGCCGCCAUGAGCAGCAGCGCGGGCCCCGCGACGCGGCUCUGCCGCCUGGAGCGGGGACCGGAUGGCUACGGCUUCCACCUGCACGGCGAGAAGGGCAAGCCGGGCCAGUUCAUCCGGCUGGUGGAGGCGGGUUCACCGGCCGAGCGCUCGGGGCUGCGGGCCGGCGACCGGCUGCUGGAGGUGGACGGCGAGAACGUGGAGCGGGAGAGCCACCAGCAGGUGGUGGAGCGAAUCCGUGCCGCCGCCGGGGUUGUCAGCCUCCUCGUCGUGGACCCGGUGGCCGACGAGCAGCUGCAGAAGCAGGGAGGGGCGGGUAUCGAGCCCCCCGUGGCCCCGGAGCCGGCGGAGCCCGUCGCGGCGCGGGAACCCAGCGGCGGCCGGCGGGAGGAGCUGCGCCCAAGGCUGUGCCACAUGAAGAAGGGCCCCAAUGGCUACGGCUUCAACCUGCACAGCGACAAGAGCCGCCCGGGGCAGUACGUCCGCGCCAUCGACCCCGACUCGCCAGCCGAGGCAGCAGGGCUGGCCCCCCAGGACCGAAUCAUCCAGGUCAAUGGGGUGUGCAUGGAGGGCAAGCAGCACGCUGAUGUGGUGGCAGCCAUUAAGGCAGGUGGCGACGAGACUACACUGCUGGUGGUGGAUGUCCUCACAGAUGAGUUCUUCAAGAAGUGCAAGGUGGUGCCCUCAGAGGAACACCUGACAGGUCCCUUGCCAGAACCAGUUGCCAAUGGCGAUAUCGAGAAGGAAAACGGCGGAGAGUUGAGGUCCAACUCGGUGUCUGAGAGCCCGUCCAGUCCUACACCACUGGCCAUGUCCCCCGUCUCCAGCGACACUCACAGCAAGGCUGACACACAGGAGGGUGACAAGCGCCAUUCAGCACCCGGCUCCCUCCUGGACCUCGACAUCCCGCUGGCAGUGGCCAAGGAGCGGGCGCACCAGAAGCGCACCAGCAAGCGAGCACCCCAGAUGGACUGGAGCAAGAAAAAUGAACUGUUCAGUAACCUGUGAAGGACCCAGGGGGGGGAGAGAGGGUCCACCAGCCCCCCCUGGCCUCACACCCACUUCUCCUGCAUCCCCCUCCUCCCCACUGUGGGCCCCUGCUGGGGAUGUGGGGCUGCUCCCCAAGGGUGUGGGGCUCAGUGGCCAGUGAACAUCACCAUAGUGGGGGCCCAGGUGGUGGUUUUAGGCUAGAAAGAGCUGGGGUGGUGCUGGGGUCUGACCUCCUUGAGCCUGUCCCCAGGGUGCUCCUGCAGCCCUGCCUUGAAGACCUGCACACCCCAGUAGGCAGAAGCUGGGGUUUGGGGAGGAUUGGCUAUUUGAGGUGGUCCAAUGACCAACACUUCUGAUCCCUGCUGUUCCCUGCUUCUUCCCCCACCCCAAAACCCAUCUCUUUUUGAGUCCCACCCCGACUGCCCUUUAACUGCAAAACUCAAGGCUUUUAGUUACUUUUAGCAAAACCCCACCUGCCCAGCCACCAACCACAGGGAUUCCUCCCCAGGGUGUUUGUCCCUGCCUGGCAAGCUCCGUCCAUGAUGACCCUGUCCGUCCCUUCACCUCCCUGGGUCCCAGUGCAAGGAGGGACACAGGUGCCUCACACAGCAGGGACUCCCCAGCACCCUGCCCCUGGGGCUGUUGUGGGAGAGGAGAGGGUGUCUGGAGCCAGCACAGCAAGCAAUAAUUAUCUCCUUUGCUCCCACUCACUCCUGCAGACAGAGCCGAUCAGGGUUUGAAUCCGACACUGUUUAAUUUAAAGGUUUCUCAAUAGACUGUUGUUUUUUUCCAAAAUAAGAGUUUUCCAAUCACACUGUUUAUAUUUUUUUUAAUGUAUUUUGUGGAAAUUCUUCCUGUGGAUGUUUUGUGUUUUGCAAUUGGGUGUUGUCAUACUGUCCAGCUCAAGAGAAAUUCUGUUUACUGGAAUAAACCUUCCUGACUUCA